AUGCACCGGAUCAGUGGAGGCCGGAUCAGUGGAGACCAGCGGCGGAUCAGUGCCAGGGCGGCGGCGAAGGGAUGGAGCGGCGGCGGUGAAGGGAUGAAGAGCGGCGGCGGGCGAAUGAGGGCACAGACUCGGUCGUCUGUUUCUCGCUCGAGGGCACGAGACCUCGCUCAUGGGUGUGAAGGGAGGUUAGGCGCGUGGGGGCGGAUGUGGGACUCGGCCCUGAGGGUUUUUCUUGGUUCAUCGCGGCUGAGCGGGAGGUGGGAGCAGGUACCAAAAAAACCGGGUGAGGUGGGACGAAAGUUAAACCCGGAAUGCGACCUACCAACUGAGAUAUUAGGAGUAGAGAUUGCGCUGUCCUUUCCAAUUACUUCUGUUGUCUUACUCUUAUCAUUAAACCCCCACUACACCUAA